ACUACUUCCGGCUUUCUAUUGUGUAAACAACAACAGAAUAAAUGCUCAUUAAUAUCGGGAUUAUAAAAAAUGAAUGGCAUAAAAUGGAUCUGACUGAAAGGUGGAAAAAAAAAAUCACUAUGGCUGUCUUCAAACUGAUUGACCUCAUUAUGUCGUCAUAAUGUAGAGGUGUUAUAAGUUUCAGCUGAUUAUCUCCCCAUUAUUGAUAUUUUCAAAAAUAAACGAAGAAAUGGAUCUUUUCAUUGCAAUUAGUCUACUCUUAUGGACGGCAGUCGUUGCUGAUGAAUAUUUUGAAGUUUUAGGACCCGACAGAAUUGAAGAAUUCCAUGUGUGUGUAGGAUCCACAGCAUACAUUCCUCUCCCUCUGAAUGUGGUUACAAGGUCAGGUCAUGAAUCAACAAUUAUAACUUUAAGCUUUCAACCACGAAACAGUGAAAAGGUGAAUGUCAUCGCUUCAUUUAACGGCAGGCGAAAACUAAUCAUAGAAAGACCAAUGGUAGACAGGUUGAGUAUCUCUGAUGAAAAUUUAGGCAUUUACUUGAAGAAGAUUUCUAUUGAUGACACUGGUAUCUACACAGCACAAGCUCGAUACACAAGUGACCAUCAGCACCAUUCCUGGACAAGGACCACAAAUCUCACAGUUCAUGUGCGUCCAAUGAUACAUAAUAACAAAUUAAACCUCACGCAGUCUCAAGUCAUUGUUCCAUACAAGCGGAAACACUGUGUCAACAUAACCUGUGGCACCAUAGAGUAUCCUGGAUAUCCACCUGCUAAAUUUGUUUGGGCCGCACCUCCAAGGAUACUAGAAGUCAAAGUGGCGACCGAUGACUCUUCCAGCUCUGUACAGAUUUGUUCUCCUUUCUCUGGUGAUGUGACCUGUUCUAUAGCAGGCUUUGCCUCUUUGUGUACUUACGAUCAUGUUGUUAAAAUGUACUUGGACCUGCCAGGGCCUCCAGCUAACAGCAGCAGUCUUGAGGAGGCCACUAUGACUCGUGACCUUGUCCUUAUGAUUGUACUUCCUAUUCUGGCUGUGGCUAUUCCUAUCACUAUUCUAGCUAUAUGGGUGCUUCGACACUUGAUUAGAAAUCGCCAGCAGUACAAUAGAAACCAUCCUCACUUAGCUAAUGCAAAACCUAAAGUGGAAGUUGACAUUGAAGAGAACCGUGUCACAGAGCAUGCCCUUGACAACAUUGAGGAGGAGAGUGAGACUGGGAGUCAGACAGAGAGGAAGGAGGAGAUACCAGACACAGAUAAUGAGGAACACAGCGGCAAUGAGAACAACAAUGAUGAACAUGACCACCAUGCAAGGGGUGACCACCAGCAGGAAGAUGACGAGGAUGACAGCGAUGAGGAUGGGUCGGAGGACGAUGAAAGCAGCGAUGAUGAAAAUAAAGCUGGGGAGGAGCAUCCAUUAAUGGAAGUCUCCAUGAGCUCAGUCGUCUGAUCCUGUCUAACUGAGGCAUCGUAUCUUCUGUUGAGUCGAGCAUUUUAUUUCACCCUCAUUUCCAAUGUACCACAUUGCAACUCAUUGAGCACAACACAACACCGGAGGACUCACACACUUCACAGACUGUACAUACCCUGUACAUUGUAUUCCCAAUGGCAGCAGACAUGAAGAGAAAACACAAAACACACCGAAAUGGGAGAGAUAGUUAGUCAGUAGUUUGCCUUACGUAAUAAUGACAUUUUUUUAGUGUUUUUUUUUUAUAUUGGACAUGGGGAAGAAAAUGCGCAAAUUACAUUUUUUAUGUACUCUUUAAGAGCUGUUCAUUAUCUUAUAUAAUUGAUUACAGAUGUUACUUCAAAAAACAAGAUAAUUACAUCCUACGCAUUUCAUGUGUUCAAUCUAGUCUUAUCUUAUAGAUUACAUUAUCUAGUUUCAACUAGGUAUUUUAAUGGAUACAAAUUUAGUUGGUUUUCUUGAAGUUAAAGCUGUAAUAGUUUUGUUAGUUAAUUAGUAUUAAUUAUUGGUAUUUAGAUUAUAACUGUUAUACAGGUUAUAUUUUUAUUGUAUACCAUUUUUUGUUGACACAAGACACUGUAAUAGUUAUGAUUUAGUUACAUGUUGGAAAAUGAUUUAGAAAUAUAUGUACAUUUUUUUAAAAUGACAAUUAGCUACAUUUUUAGAAAUAGUGAAAUGUAUCAAUGUGUUUCUUGUAUUACUAGACAAUCGCUGACAGUGAUUGAAGCGUUUUUUUUUGUGUGUGAUUUACACUGGAAGUUCUUUUCUCACUGUUUGCUUUUAUAAGUCUCGUGAAAUAUCUGUUUUCACCACAUAUACAUACAACUGAUGACCAAGGUUUUUACUGGGCCAACAUUUAAACAAAAAUUUUUAUUAGACAAAAUGUGGCAUGGGCUCUAAAUAGAUUGCAAAGUCUCACCAACAUAAUAACCAUCAAAUAUAGACAUGCACGUAUGUGUCCGCUGUUGUUAAACAUAUAUAUUUCAUACACAACACAACUGCCUAUGUCAGAUCCAAAGGCCUACUUAUAAUACAUGUCUUGCACUAUCCUGAUUUUGAUCCAGACUGCUAAUGGCACAAUCCAUUUCAUUGCGAAAAUAUUUUUUCUCAAUGUUUCUGUCUCACUGCCAUUCAUGUUUUAGUUUACAGCUUAUUAGCUUCACUUUCAUUAGCGUUACAUUUAAACUAACCAAAAAAAAAAAGAAUUAAGUUCGCUAUUAUGUUUUUAUGCUCGAUAUUUCUUUUCUUUUUUAUAUUUUUAAAAAAUUUUAUAUUAGCCGUUUAGUAUUGACUGUUAGACAAAUAUAGAUAUUAUAUUUUUUUGUUACUUUGGUUUUGACUGUAAAGUGAUAAUUAUGUUGAUUUUUUUUUUUUUCAUAAAUGAAUAUAUUAUUAUAAUAUUUAUUUUGUAAGCAUAUAAGUACUUUACGUUUUAAAUCAAUAGUUGCUUGACUAUAGUUUCCUAAUAAAAUAUUGUUUUAAUCAUGUUCAGUACAAUCUAUUUAUUCUACUCUACUCUACCCCAAUGUCAGUACUCUUAAUAUUUAUAGAGAGAUCUUGUUUGACACUAUCAUGUAUGAAUAGGACUUUAUGCAUGUUAAAUUAAUUAGGGUAUGUAGUCACUUCAUUGUGUUCACAACACUCUCUUCUAAUCACAGUUGAUAUGCAAGGCUUAUUAAGGCACACACUUUAGCAUCACCUUUGUCAUAUUUUCAAGCUUAGAGAUGCUUACCUAAACUGGGUAACAGCUUCUGUAUUUCUUUUAGGUUCUGUAAAACAAAAAACUAUUUUUUUUAAAUUCACAAUUCACACUUUGUAAUAGAGGAGUGUGCAAACAUGAUCGAUCAACUAUUAGCCUAAUAGUUUAAACAUCCUUCUUUAGUUAAGGUUUUCUGCUUUAGUCAUAUGACUUUGAUGAUGGAGUAAAUCCAUGUCCUGUAUCUCCAGACUCCUUGAAAUAGUUUUUAUUGACUAUAUUUAUUAAAAUACAGAAGAUCUUUUGAUAGUGUUUAUAGCAUUGUACUUUAUAUACUCAAUAUCUAAAACAGCAGCUGUGAAUAAAUAUUUUAAAUUAUUUAUACAAAUGUUCUAUGUCUAUAAAUAGCAUCAAGUCUUAUGCCCUGUCUCUAUGUCAACACAAUGCCCUCCCCUCCCUUUUGACUAGCCUCCCUCCCACCCUGUUGCCUUAUUGUUACUGCUAGUAUGACUCAGGUUGUGCAACAUUUGUUUCCCCCCUCACAUCUACGCAUUUGUUACCCAUAAUUCAAUAUUUUAUUGUUAGUGCACCAAAGAUGGAGAAAUUAAUCAAAACAACACGCUAGCUUCUAUUUGAACUUUUUAAAAAUAAUUGUCUCUAAUUUACUUAUUUAAAAAAAUUUUUUGUUAGAUUUCUUAAUGAGCUAUUGUUCUUCGUUGUAAUGAAAAAUAUGGUCAAUGUACUUUCAAAAAAUUAUUUGUUAUAAAAAAAAUUGUUCUUUAUUAUUUUAAAAUAUUUGUUGAUUUUGUAACCACAUCUGAAUUGAGACUUUGUAUAUUUAAAUAAUUAUACUUAUUUUAACAUUUGGUUGUAACAUUAAAAAAAAAACAACAAAGUCAUUAAGUGUAAAAAUAUUUUCUUUUGAAAACAUUAUAUAUAUAUUUAGAUGUAGAUCAUUCUUCAAGGUACAGUGGAGGGAACAUGAAGAGUCAUCCAAAGAAAAGCUGCCUGGAUAACAUAAAGAAUGGACCAGCCUGUCUAUUGAACUCAUGCUAACAACAGCUGCUGACCAGGAAAAGUGAAGGGAUUUGGUUACACGAACUGUCACAGCACUCCUACAAGGAACUGUCACAGCACUCCUACAACAACAGUGAAGCGACAGAUGGUGAUGAUGAGAUGUAGGUAGAUAUUCUUGCAUUAGAGACAUUUUGUUCUAAUAGCAAUUAAGUUAAAAUAUAAGUAAAAUAUAAGCAAAGGAUUUUUAUGAAAAACAAUCAGUUAUUAGAUGAAUGUCAAGGUUAUAUGCAUGUGACCCUUUACCCUGUAAAUGAGUUGCAUAGUACAGUGAAUUCUGAUCUAUAUUAUAUGUGAAAUGUUUAGGAUAUCAAAUUAUAGAGUGAAGUUUUUUCUCCUUAUUAUAAUAUUUAUAUCUGUUGAUGUCUGUAAAGGAAUUGACUCUUAAUAACCUGUUUGAGAUCUUCUCUUGUGUUGGGCAUCGAGGGAAUGAGCAUUGCCUCUUUGUUCAAAAAAGAUUAGAAAUAUGAUUUUUACCUUUUCAGGAAAAGUAAACAAACAAAAUUAGAAUUAAAUUCCAUGCACAUAUAGUAAAUCUUCAACCUAAGUGAUAUAAG